AUGACGGACGGAGAUUCCGGAGACAGCAGCAGAAUGGUGGCAAUCCCUUGCCCUUUUGUUAAGAGAAGAGUGGAGUGCGCUGGUGCGGCAUUCCUUAGAUAUUACAAUGUAAAAUGCCAUGGUGGCGAUGCAUUGUUCCAAACGUUAAAGUCCAAUGAAAAAACAGAAGAAGUCAUUUUUGAUGAUGACGUCGAGUACCUGCGGAGUUUAGAUCCCAAAGAUUGGAAGAUGCAAGACCACUAUGCUGUUCUAGGUAUGAAGACGUUGCGUUACAAAGCGACAGAUGACGACAUAAAACGUGCUUACCGGCAGAAGGUACUGAAGCAUCACCCCGACAAGCGCAAGGCGCAGGGAGAGGAGAUCCGCAGCGACGACGAUUACUUUACGUGCAUUACAAAGGCGUAUGAAAUAUUGGGAACUCCAGUCAAACGCAGGUCGUACGACUCGAUAGACCCCACUAUUGACGAUACUGUGCCCUCACAAAGUGAUAUCAAAAGAGACGGUUUCUAUAAAUCUUUCACUAAACAUUUUGAGUCAAACGCACGAUGGUCUGAGAAAAGGAAUGUGCCUUUACUCGGUGAUGAGAACAGCAGCCGGGAACAGGUUGAAAGAUUUUAUGCUUUUUGGUAUGAAUUCGAGUCAUGGCGAGAAUUCUCUUAUCUUGAUGAAGAAGAGAAGGAGAGAGGAGCCGACAGAGAGGAACGAAGGUGGAUUGAAAAGCAGAACAAAGCUGCAAGGGCCAAGUUGAAGAAAGAAGAGAUGGCUAGAGUAAGAAGUUUGGUGGAUCUGGCAUAUGCUAAUGACCCCAGGAUCCAGCGGUUCAAACAGGAGGAUAAGGACAAGAAAUUAGCUGCAAAACGUGCCAGACAGGAUGCAGUACAAGCUAAGAAAGCUGAAGAAGAACGUCUUAUGAAGGAAGCUCAACUUGCCAAGCAAAAGGCAGAAGAGGCGGAGCGGGCGCGCGUAGAGGCCGCGCGGGCGGAACGCGAGCAGCAGAAGAAGAACUUGCGAAAAGAGAAAAAAGCUCUCCGAGACAUGUGUAAAGCUAAUAACUAUUAUGCCAAUAGUGAAGAUGAAACUGUAGCUCAUAUGGCAGCUGUAGAGAAAAUAUGUGAAAUGUUGAAGGUAGUAGAACUACAAGACUUAGUAAAGCAACUUGAGAGUAAUGGCAGGCAAGCUUUUGUUAAAACUGUCAAAGAAACGGAGGACAAACUAGAAGCUGAGAGAAAAGCUAUAUUUGAGAAUAAAAGAGUGGAAGAACAGAAGGCUAGAAAGGAAUCUGCACUAAAGCAACCCAUUGAGUGGACAGUUGAGUUGACACAACUUCUGAUUAAGGCUGUAAACCUGUUCCCAGCAGGAACUAACCAGAGGUGGGAGGUAGUAGCAAACUUCUUAAACCAACAUGGUACAUUUGUUGAUGAGAGGAGGUUUGUAGCGAAAGAUGUUUUAAACAAAGCUAAAGAUUUGCAAAGUUCAGAUUUCUCAAAAAGCACUCUUAAAAAGGCUGCUAAUGAAGAAGCCUUUGAUCAGUUUGAAAAAGAGAAAAAGAAAGGUCAUAACCAUAUUGAUGACAGUGGAAUAUCUAAAAGUGACAACCCUGCGAAAAUAGUGAACGGUACAGCCACGCCGAAACCGGAAGAGGCUGCCAAGCCAGAGGACAAAGCGUGGACGAAAACUGAACAAGAGUUGCUUGAACAAGCCAUUAAAACGUUCCCUGUAAGCACGCCGGAGCGGUGGGAGAAAAUAGCGGACUGCAUACCGAACCGUACAAAAAAAGACUGCAUGAAACGAUACAAGGAGCUAGUCGAAUUAGUGAAAGCAAAGAAACAAGCCGCCAACCUGGCAAAAUAA